UACCAAGCGCGAAGUCACUGCUACUAAGCGACUCGACGGCCAUGUGCCGGCUCCUUCGGUAACCAGACAGCGAAUGUCCAGACGACGAUUACCGCUGGAUUAUUUGGAUAGUGGCGAUGAAUAUGAAAAGGAUGCCAGCGAUUCUGAUGAAGAUGCUGAUCGCAGUGGUGUGCCAUGGCGUCCUCAUCGUCAAAAGCCAAAGAAAACGGCCAAGACUGGUCUUUUCGAAAACAUGCAAGUGCGAUCAUCGUCGGCACCAUGUCCUCCUACCUCAUCCAGCGCAUACUCUUCUCAAAGGGUGUUUUGAACCAGCAUUUCACAACUCCAUUUGGCACAUUCUGUCAUGCCAUAUGUAUAUACCAUGUACUCCUAUCUUAUUGCUCCUCAUCAUACAGCAUGUACUAGUACCCCUUUGUCAUUCGCCUACUUUCAUCAUAGGCCAAACUUGUAUUUGUCAUUAGAAUAAUCCUUUUUUAAUAUUUAAGAAAGAAUGAAUUUUUUUAUUGUUCAUACAAAAGUCGGAUCGUUUAAGCCUUGACAGCAAACUUGCGCUGAGGGAAGUGAGCAAGCUUCUUUUGUUGCUUGACGG